AUGGGAGAAAACAGCAGCAGGGACAUUACACUCCAGUUGCUUGAAGCUAUUACAAACAACUUUUCAGAGGAUCGGAAAGUUGGCAGUGGCGAGUAUGGAGAUGUUUACCGGGGGGUGCUUGAUGGGGAAGAUAUUGCUGUGAAGAAGCUUCAUUUCUUGGAAGGAACUGAUGAUAGGCAAUUUCACUAUGAACUCCGUAACCUUAUCAAGGUCUCUCACAAAAAUGUUGUACGCUUAAUUGGCUACUGCUACGAAUCACGGCAUAAAUACAUGGAGCACAAUGGGGAACCUGUUUUGGCCAAAAGAAUGGAGCGAGUUCUCUGCUCUGAAUACAUGCAUGGCGGGAGCCUCGACAAACAUAUUGCAGAUGAAUCUUGUGGACUUGAUUGGCCCACAUGUUACGAAAUCAUUAAAGGGACAUGUGAGGGCUUAAAUCACCUUCACACCUCAUGGGAUAAGCCUAUAUUUCAUCUGGAUUUGAAAGCUUCUAAUAUAUUGCUGGAUAAUAGCAUGAAGCCAAAAAUUUCAGAUAUUGGUUUGUUCAAACUUGUUUCUUCGACAAAAACGGGUAUAAAAGAGAUAUUCACACGAAGACAGUCGAUAUGGUACAUGCCACCGGAAUACAUAGACAUGGGCUUUAUAUCAAAGAAGUUUGAUGUGUUCAGUUUGGGUAUCAUAAUUAUAAAAGUGAUGGCCGGAAAUCUGGGCUACUCUAAUUGUGGGAUAAUGUCUCCCAAGGAGUUCAUUAAGCUUGUAAGUGAAAACUGGAUGAAGAGGUUGCAUGCAAUGCCGGGGUACUAUUCAUCACACGAAAUAGACAUCCUAAGAGUGAUUACAUGUGUUGAGAUUGCAUUAAGAUGUGUGCACAAGGACCGGAAUGAAAGACCCUCCAUAAAAGAUAUUGUCCAUGAACUGGAAGAACUAGAAGCUGAGAUUGACAGAAUAAUGUUACUACCGCCUGAUCGUAGGCAGACCCUCUUGUUUAACCAAGGCCCUGGCCCGGAGUUUCCAAAAAUUAACAGCCUAUGUAUGGCCUGCAACUUGGCCCAGUACAAAAUUAUCCUGGAUUUUAAACUCAGUUUAAUUGAAGCUAUUACAAAUGGUUUUUCAGAUGAUCAGAAAAUUUGUAGUGAUCGGUAUGGAGAUGUUUACUGGGCAAUGCAUAAUGGGGAAGAGAUUGUUGUGAAGAGGCUUCAUUCGUUGCAAGGACUUGAUGACAACGGAUUUUUGGAUGAAAUGUAUAACCUUACCAAGGUUCAUCACAAAAAUAUUGGACGAUUAAUCGGCUACUGCUAUGAACCCUGCCUUGUAAACAUUGAGCACAAUGAAGAACUUGUUUCGGCAAGGACAAUUGAGCGAAUUCUCUGCUUUGAAUAUAUGCGGGGGGAAAGCCUCGAUAAACAUAUUGCAGAUGAACCUUGUGGACUUGAUUGGCCCAUACUUUACAAAAUUAUUAAAGGGACCUGUGAGGGCUUAAAUCACCUUCUUAGUGCACAGGAAAAACCUAUUCUCCAUCUAGACUUAACACCUGGUAAUAUAUUUCUGGUUAAGGGCAAGACGCCUAAAAUUGUAGGUUUUGGUUUGUGGAGACUUAUUGACUCAACAAAAAUGCACCAAACAAAGAUUUUCAAAGAAACACACGGGUACAUGCCACCGGAAUAUGUAGACAUUGGCUUUAUAUCAAACAAGUACGACGUGUUUAGUUUGGGCGUUAUAAUUAUAAAAAUGAUGGCUGGAAAUAUGGGCUAUUCUCGUUGUUUCAAAAUGUCUCCCAAAGAGUUCAUUGAGCUUGUAAGGAAAAACUCAUUAUCUAUCUACCAUGAGCACCACAUUUUUUGUGCUUAUUAG